AUGGUUAGCCAGUCAGCCACAUUGAAAGGAGCUUUUCGCAAAAACUUGCUGGAAAAGGAAUGCCAAAAUUUUGUACACGAAGACGGUUCAAUAUUAAACCUUACCAGCAGCCACCUACAAAAAAACAAAUCAACUAAAAUACCAGCAAUACUGCUGGAAAGAUUUGGACAUUACAUAAAAUCAAUUGGUCGAAUUGCAUGUGGAAAGGUGGUUGGAACUUGCUUCCUUGUCACCGAUGAAUUAGUGAUAACUAACCAUCAUGUCUAUGACAAUAUAAAACGUGAAAGAUGUCAGCCUCAAAAUGAGAAUUUGCCCAUCAUAAUUUCAUUUGAUUAUUAUUACCCGGGACAAACAGAAAAUUUUGUCGACGUAGAGGUUGAUGAAGCACAAGAUCCUCAAAUUGAGAGCAAAGAGGUUGACUAUAAAUUAUUAAGAAUGAAAAAGGACAAGAGGCUUGAGAAUCGCGAUCAACUUGGUGCGCUGAUAAGAGGUCGUCCACUGCAGGAAAGACAAAUUGUUAUUAUCGGCCAUCCAGAAGGAAAACAACUUCAUCAUGAAACAUGCGUUGUUGUCAGCGAUCACUCGAUUUCAGAGACACUAAACCAAAGAUACAAAAUGAUUUCCGGUGAUCCCGUGAGCGACCAGAAAUCAAAGGAAUUUUACGAGGAGUACAAGGAAAGUCUUUCCUACGAUACAAGUCUUUUUUCAGGUGCAAGUGGUUCUCCUAUAUUUGAUAUGGAUGGAUAUAUUGUCGCUAUGCACUCCAAAGGACACACACUGAAGAACCUGGCGGACGGGAAGACAUAUUCCCUGAUGGAAUUUGCUGUUCCGUUCGAUAUGAUAUGCAAAGACUUAGAACGUACCAAAGAUGAAAACUUUGUUAAAGAAAUCUUUCCUCACUACGAUUUAGAUCUGCGCGAAGUUCCAAUGGAUCACUGA